GCCUGUGGUCGCCCCCACCCCCGCCCGCCUUUCCGGGGGAGCGGCGGCACCGGGGACGCUCCGACUGUGCUGCCGGUCAGGUGAGGCGGAGCGGAGGCGCCGGGUCGCGCCGAGGGAGCCACUGCCGGCGGCCGCCGCAGCCGUGAGGUCGCGUUGCUCGUACGGGGAAAAAGCGGCAAGACGGAGCAGGGGGGGAAAAAACCUCCGGAGCUGCCCCCGAACAGGAGGAGGAGUCUCGGCGCCAGGCCCAGGCGCGGCACCGGCGGCAGCAUGGAGAACUCGCAGCUGUGUAAGCUGUUCAUCGGCGGGCUGAACGUGCAGACCACGGAGGCUGGGCUGCGGGAGCACUUCGCGGCCUACGGCACCCUCACCGACUGCGUGGUCGUGCUCAACCCGCAGACCAAGCGCUCCCGAUGCUUCGGCUUCGUCACCUACUCGGCGGUGGAGGAGGCGGACGCCGCCAUGGCCGCGUCCCCCCACGCGGUGGACGGGAACGCGGUGGAGCUGAAGCGGGCCGUGUCCCGGGAGGACUCGGCUAAGCCCGGCGCUCACGCGAAGGUGAAGAAGCUCUUCGUGGGCGGCCUCAAAGGGGACGUGGGCGAAGGGGACCUGGUGCAGCACUUCAGCCAGUUCGGCCCUGUGGAGAAGGCCGAGAUCAUCGCCGACAAACAGAGCGGGAAAAAGCGGGGCUUCGGUUUCGUCUACUUCCAGAACCACGACGCCGCCGAUAAGGCGGCCGUGGUCAAGUUCCACCCGAUCCAGGGCCACCGAGUGGAGGUUAAGAAGGCCGUGCCCAAGGAGGACAUCCAGGCGGGCGGGGGAGGCGGCGGCUCUUCCAGGCCCUCCCGAGGAGGCAGAGGAGGAGGAAGGGGUCGGGGCGGCGGCUCCGGCAACCGGGAUCACAACGGGCUGUCCAAAGGAGGCGGCGGCUACAACAGCUACGGCGGCUACGGCGGGGGAGGAGGCGGCGGGUACGGCUCCUAUGGCAGCGGGUCCUACGGAGGCGGAGGCGGCGACUACGGCAACGGGGUGCACUUCUGUGUGAAUGAGAGGAGGCGAAAGCUGAGCCCUGAAAAGCACACCACAAAAGUUGACAUUAAGCAGAGUUCCCGUUCGUCUGAGGCAGCUGAAGAUGAAAAGGACCAGUGUACAGUGACAGUCAAUCCCUCUCACAUGAGAAAGGCUUUCAAGGUCAUGAAUGAAUUACGGAGCAAGCGGCUCCUGUGUGAUGUGGUGAUUGUGGCUGAAACCGUGGAGAUGGAAGCUCACCGGGUGGUGCUGGCAGCCUGCAGCCCUUAUUUCUGUGCCAUGUUUACAGGAGACAUGUCUGAAAGCAAGGCCAAGAAGAUUGAGAUCAAAGAUGUCGAUGGGCAGACCCUGAGGAAGCUGAUUGAUUACAUAUACACCGCUGAGAUCGAGGUCACAGAAGAGAACGUGCAGGUUUUGUUGCCAGCUGCUAGUUUAUUGCAACUGAUGGAUGUUAGAAAAAAUUGCUGUGACUUCCUUCAGUCCCAGCUGCAUCCCACGAACUGCCUUGGCAUCCGCGCCUUUGCCGACGUGCACGCCUGCUCCGAGCUGCUGCAGCAGGCCAACGCCUAUGCAGAGCAGCACUUCCCUGAGGUGAUGCUAGGAGAAGAAUUUCUUAGCCUUAGUCUGGACCAGGUUUGCAGUUUAAUAUCAAGUGACAAGCUCACAGUCUCCUCUGAAGAAAAGGUCUUUGAAGCAGUUAUAUCUUGGAUAAAUUAUGAGAAGGAGUCUCGCUUAGAGCACAUGGCUAAGCUGAUGGAGCAUGUUCGCCUGCCCCUUUUGCCCAGAGAUUACCUGGUACAGACAGUCGAAGAAGAAGCUUUAAUCAAGAAUAACAACACCUGUAAAGACUUCCUUAUCGAAGCCAUGAAAUAUCAUUUGCUUCCUCUGGAUCAAAGGCAACUAAUAAAGAAUCCCAGGACAAAGCCAAGGACUCCCGUUAGCUUGCCAAAGGUGAUGAUUGUGGUGGGUGGGCAAGCACCCAAAGCCAUUCGCAGUGUGGAGUGCUAUGAUUUUGAGGAGGAGAGGUGGGAUCAGGUUGCAGAACUUCCCUCACGGAGAUGCAGAGCAGGCGUGGUGUUCAUGGCUGGCAAUGUCUAUGCCGUGGGGGGCUUUAACGGGUCGCUGCGGGUGCGCACGGUGGACGUGUACGACGGCGUGAAGGACCAGUGGACGUCCAUAGCCAGCAUGCAGGAAAGGCGCAGCACCCUGGGCGCCGCCGUGCUCAACGACCUCCUCUACGCGGUGGGAGGCUUUGAUGGCAGCACGGGUCUGGCAUCAGUUGAGGCCUAUAGCUAUAAAACCAAUGAGUGGUUUUUUGUGGCUCCCAUGAACACAAGAAGAAGCAGUGUUGGAGUUGGAGUUGUGGAGGGGAAGCUGUACGCCGUGGGGGGCUAUGAUGGAGCAUCACGGCAGUGCCUGAGCACGGUGGAGCAGUACAACCCCGCCACCAACGAGUGGACCUACGUGGCUGACAUGAGCACGCGGCGCAGCGGGGCAGGUGUUGGUGUGCUCAGUGGGCUGCUCUACGCCACCGGGGGCCAUGAUGGGCCCUUGGUGAGGAAGAGUGUGGAAGUCUACGACCCAGGGACAAACACCUGGAAGCAAGUAGCAGACAUGAAUAUGUGUAGAAGAAAUGCAGGUGUGUGUGCGGUGAAUGGUCUCCUCUAUGUGGUGGGAGGUGAUGAUGGUUCCUGCAAUUUGGCCUCGGUGGAGUACUACAACCCCAGCACAGACAAGUGGACGUUGUUACCAACCAGCAUGAGCACAGGGAGGAGUUAUGCAGGUGUGGCUGUGAUUCACAAACCCUUGUGA